GCCCAUGAAAUACUCCGCUGCUCGUGAAUAUGUGAACUGAGAGAUCCAGUGUUUGACGAAGCCUUUGUGGAGUCAACGCUGUGAGUUCAAAUAAAUGUUGGUGGCCACAGCAGAAAGGGAAGGAAGAGGUGUUGAGUUCCUGAAAGCAAGAGGAAAAAAAUCUCCUGAGGUGAAGGGAGCUGCUGUACUGGGCCAUCGACAAAGCCAUUUAAUGCCGGGAUUGUUGGAAACUGUGUGAGUGAGAAAGAGAGAGGAGAAGAGGGAGUGAUGAUGGAGACAAGAGUUCGGCCAUGGGGACAGCGAGCAGAUGGAGCUGCAAGAGGCUGACAGGGCACAACAGCUGAGAGCCGAGAGAGUGUCCACUGUGCUGUUGGAACCUCCUUGAUCCUUGUGGAGGUAGAGACCCCCACAUCCCCUCAGCUUGACCAACACAGAGUGACAGAGAGAGAACCCAGCAAGCAAAAGGAUGGCCCACUCUGGAGCAAGCCCAUCUGCUUUCAGGGAGGAUGCUGACACCGCGCUGUACUGGGAAGCCGCGGGCAACCUGUCGGACGGCGUGUGGCUGGUGAACGGUAGCCAGGGGCUGGAGGAUGUGGGCCAGCCCGGGGCCUGGGAGUUGCUCAUGGCCUCGGUGUACUGCGUGCUGUGUGUGCUGGGCCUGGCCGCCAACUCGCUGGUGAUCUGUCGGCUCGGCCAGGCGGCCGGGGCCAGCACAGUGGCCGGGGUGUACGUGCUGAACCUGGCGGUGGCCGACGGCCUCUUCAUGCUGGGGCUGCCCUUCCUGGCGGCGCAGCUGGCGGCGCGGCGCUGGCCUUUCGGAGCGGCCCUCUGCCGCCUGGUCAUGCUGCUGGACGCCCUCAACCAGUUCGCCGGCGUCUUCUGCCUGACGGCGCUGAGCGUGGACCGCUACCUGGCGGUGGCCCGGCCGCUCGGCUACCGCCGCUGGAGGAGCCCGAGGCUGGCGCGGGGCCUAGGCGCAGGCCUCUGGGCCUUGGCCUUGGUGCCGGCGCUGCCCGUGGCCCUGUACUCCGGGGUAGUGGGCAGCCCCGGGCUCUGCGUGCUGGCGUGGCCGGAGCCUGUGUCCGCCUGGAGCGCCGCCUUCAUCCUGUACAGCUUCGUGCUGGGCUUCCUGCUGCCCUUCACCGCCAUCUCGGUGUGCUGCGGCCUGCUGCUGCUCAGGCUCCGGGCCCAGGCCCAGGCCCAGGCCCAGGCCGCGGCCGCCUCCCCCGAGAGCAGGCUCACCACCCUGGUGCUGGCGAUGGUGCUGGCCUUCGCUCUCUGCUGGCUGCCCUUCUACACCAUUAACCUGUGCCUGGUGUGGCAGGCCCGGCCCCCCAGCCCGCCCGUGCUCCGCCUCUUCCAGCUGCUGGUCGCCCUCUCCUACUCCAACAGCUGCGCCAACCCGCUGCUCUACAUCGGCCUCUCCGGCCGCUGGCCCCGCCGCAGCACCGGCCCCGGGACACACACCGGCACCGAGAGCCUGGCCAGCGGCUCCGCGGGAGGCCUCGGAGAGUGACCAUGGAGGGCGGCCUUUCUCAUCCGCCCCUCCACAAAACACACAGCCCAAUCCCACUCCCCCCUCCCCAAAA